AUGCCACGAAGAAACAGAAAGGGAGACGACCCCAAGGUCAUUGGUCUCUGGAAGAUUGGCAGGACCAUUGGGAAGGGAAGCUCCGGUCGUGUACGCAUUGCUCGACACUCAAAAACGGGCCAGUAUGCUGCAGUCAAGAUCGUCUCCAAGGUCGCUCUGAUCAAUUCUCGAAUGUCGAUGCAGAACUUAGAAGAACAAGCUGACCGUGUCCUCCUUGGGAUCGAGCGGGAGAUAGUCAUCAUGAAGCUCAUCGAUCACCCAAACAUCAUGCGCCUCUAUGACGUAUGGGAAACAUCGACAGAGCUGUAUCUCAUCCUCGAAUACGUCGAAGGAGGCGAAUUGUUCGACUACCUCUGCACCAAGGGCCGGCUGUCUUCUACCGAGGCUUUGGAAUAUUUCCAACAGAUCAUAUCCGCUAUCAAUUAUUGUCAUCGGUUCAAUAUAGCCCAUCGCGAUCUCAAGCCUGAGAACCUACUCCUUGACAGUGACAAGAAUAUCAAGGUCGCAGACUUCGGGAUGGCGGCCUGGCAAAAAAGCAACAGCAGCGGGAUGCUACAGACUGCAUGUGGGAGCCCACAUUACGCUGCACCGGAGGUUAUAGAAGGGCAGGCAUACAAUGGGUCGAUGGCAGAUAUAUGGUCUUGUGGUGUCGUCCUCUUCGCCUUGCUUGCUGGACGGCUUCCUUUCGACGACGAAGAUCUUCAUACUCUACUCGAGAAGGUCAAAGUCGGCAAGUUCACGAUGCCGCCGGAUAUCGACUCCAGAGCAAAGGACCUCAUCUCCAGAAUGCUUGAGAAGAACGUCUCGAAGAGGAUCACGGUUCCAGAGAUUCUAAAACAUCCUUUCUACGUCUCCCACAAGCCGAAGGCCGUCUAUGAUAUUCUUCUCAAUCUUGACCAGAUUGCACGUCCUCUUGCAAAUGCGCUUGAGAUCGACUCAGAUAUUCUGGCAAACCUGCGUACUCUAUGGCACGGCACGCCGGACCAAGAGAUCAUCAAGAAGUUGACGAAUGCCGACCAGACUUGGGAGAAAGCGGUCUACCAUCUUUUGAUUCAGUUUCGCGCGAAGCACGCUGAGGAGUAUAGUGAGCAACAGGAGGUGAUGAUGCAACAAGCACUCACCAAAAAAAGUAAACGAACAAGCUCAGCGCAUAAUAGUCCCGACCCUUCUGCAGCUCAACCGACCCAGUUGGGUAUGCUGCCCUCUAUGAUUCCUCCUCGAGCAGAUCCUCCUACUCCUCGUCGUGCCGCUGGGCGAGCUUUGGAUCUUGAGAGGUCGCAAGUGCCCCCCGGCCUUGACACACCACAGGAUUUCUAUUCCCCCGUACCUGACAUCACCUUGACCACUGCUACUCCCGCUCAGUACUCCAGAUCGCUAUCAACAUACUCGCCAAACGUUCCAGGAUCUCCAAACAACCCUACAACUCCUAUUUCCCCUCUCUCACCUACUUCUCCAAUAUGGGAAGCAUUGAACAUGGCGCCCCGGGACAUUCCAGAGAUACAUGACGAGAAGGUCCAGCGAUUUUUCCACCAGAUCGUAGAGCACCUGAAUGUCAUGCAUAUGCGAUCCCCUGUUGUUGCAUCUGGGGAAUAUCUGCCGCCUACUAUCGAGUCGCCAUCACCCUACGCGCAAAUGACUAAGGGUGAUGGAACGCCUAGGCCUGACACGUCCCGGGCUACAACUCAGCCGCUUAGCAUACGUCGAGUCCUUCGACGCCCAGCUCCAUUGGUUCUAGACACGAACAAGGAAAACACACCUUACGCCAGGCAUGAUAUUCUAGAUCACCUAGAUGGGGCUGCCAUUGCUCGCAAAUCGUCUUUGUCGAACAAGAACGAAAGAAGAGCAGCAUUAGCCGACCGACGUGUGCAGAUCAUCGAGCCACAAGAAGCCGUGCGGGGAAAGCUGAGACGCAAGCGAACAAUAUCCGCGACAUCAAGCUCACCCACCACAUCUGAUGUCUCAUCUCUGCCUUCCCCGUUGUCGCCUACUUGGUUCGGAAACCUGUUUAAACUCAAGGCUAUCACAUUCAGUCUCCUCUCAAUCCACGAUGCCGAUAUCACGCGUGAUGAAUGCAGAAGGCUUCUCACUAUAAUGGGCGUACGUAUCGUGCGGACGCGGGCAGAGAACCUCGGAGUCAUCAAAUGCAGGAUGGACGACAGCAUUGACCCGAUGGGAACCACGAAAGCAGUGAGGUUCCGCGUGGAAGUGCAUGGGACGACUCCAAGCCAGCUCGUCGCAGGAUAUCGGACUGCUUUGCAUCUAAUCCAAGAAAAAGGGUCCCUGUCCACGUUCAAGGUGGUGUACAAUCGGUUGCGGAGGGAGUGGGAUUUGGACGCCCCGAGAAUACCUCUUCCAGCUCCGAGUCCUGCGCUGGCUGAAAGUAGCAGAUUUGCAGAGUUGAUGUACUCGUAG